AUGAGCUUGAACAGUGAGUGUAAGGAAGACAAGCAGUGUGAGGGCUGGCAGGUUUGCUGUAACGCAACAUGUGGAAGCAGAUGUGUCCCCAAGUACCUCGCCAGAACCCCCCAGUGUCCAGCUUCCAGCCGAUUGGACAGUUUCUGUGAUAUGAAACUUGGGAAUGUGUGUGAGACAGAUGCCGACUGCUUGUCCUGGUCAUCCUGCUGUGAGACUGGCUGUGGAAAGAGAUGUGUCCCUCGCUUCCUCAUGUCCGACGAUGAUACCUGUCCCUCUUCUCACCGUCUCACCCCAAUGUGUGACCUGAAACUUGGUGACCAGUGCAGCGGAGAUGGAGACUGCGACGCUUGGCAGACCUGCUGUGAAACCAAAUGUGGACACAUCUGCAUCGUGAAAUUCAUGGAUGAUGAUGAAGAUGGCGAGUGUCCUGACUCCGACCGAGCGAGGAGGAUCUGUGCCCACAACUCGAGCAAAACUUGUCGGGGGGAUGAGGACUGCAGUUCAUGGAAGCAGUGCUGUGAUCUGGGCUGUGGGAAGAAAUGUGUCUACUCCAACUGGCACAAAAGGAGUGAGGAGUGUCCACCCAGCAGUUCCCUGAGCAAGGUGUGCAGCCUGACGCUGGGAGACGAAUGUGCGGAGGAUGGGGACUGCGAUCAUUGGCAGAUGUGCUGUGACGCCGGGUGUGGGAAGAGAUGUGUCUUCAACUUCUUCAAAGGAGUGAACGGAAGCUGUCCUGCUCCCAGCCGCCUUGGCCCCAUGUGUGAUGUCAACUACGGAAAGGAAUGUGAGGAUAGCGAUGACUGUGACCUGUGGUUAACCUGCUGUGAUGCUGGCUGCGGCAGGAGAUGCGUCCACCGCGCUUUCAGACACGAGAAGACAGAUGGGGGAUGCCCAGAGCCAUCCGGGAGCCAGCACGUCUGCGAGGAGGGGGAAGCGGAGAGCUGCGGUGUGGACGGGGACUGCCCGGGCUGGAAGCGGUGCUGCCGCGUCGGAGACUGCGGGAAGCGAUGCGUCUACCCCUCCCGCAAGCCAGAGGAGGGAGGGGAAUGUCCAGCAGAAUCGCGCCUGGGUCCGAUCUGUCAGAUGAAACUGGGCGAGAGAUGUUCCCACCAUGAUGACUGUGAGAUCUGGCAGAGCUGUUGUGACGCCGGCUGUGGGAAGAGAUGUGUGAUGGACCUCAAGACGGGAGGCCAGGAGGGAACUUGUCCACACUCGUCCAGGCUGCACUACGUGUGCAAGAUGAACUUCACUGCCCCAUGUGAUGGGGACCAUUCCUGUGGCCACUGGUCCUCCUGCUGUCACACCCAGUGUGGUCCCAGAUGUGUGCCUGAGUGCAUGUCAACAGUAAAGGAGUCUCUGGGUAUCCGGCUGGUGCGGGAAGAAGCUGAGAGUCCGGCGUCUGGACCAAAUCGAGGUAUCGGGGUGACCGAUGUCCCCCUGCUGGGGGUCGAGGCUUUUGGGGAGCUGCUGCCUAAGAAAUGCCCGGAAAUUUCCAAAGUCUCGAUUCUGUGCAAGAGAAACUUCAGUCAGGCCUGUAAGGAGGAUGAUGAUUGCAGUUUCCAGAAACAGUGCUGUGAUAUUGGAUGUGGCAAGAAAUGUGUCUACGCUUUCACACAAGGUGAGAAGCCUGGAGAGUGUUCCAGUCCCCGGCAACUGAGCUACGUGUGUAAUUCAACGCUGGGGAAGGAGUGUCAGAGCGAGAGGGAGUGUGGGAAGUGGCAGACAUGCUGUCUAACUCCGUGUGGAGCCCGAUGUGUCAUCAGGAGUUUCAGAGGAGAUCUGGGAUUCGGGCAGUGCCCAGCCCCUCACCGACUCUCCGCCCUGUGUGAGCUGAGGUACGGGGCGCUGUGUCAGGACAACGACGAUUGCUACGCCUGGCAAAGCUGCUGUAAGACCACCUGCGGAUCCCGCUGCGUCCACCUGUUCCACAGCAAGGGUGGACAGCAAAGGUGUCCAACAGCUUCGAGACUGACUCACGUCUGCACCAUGAGCUUGAACAGUGAGUGUAAGGAAGACAAGCAGUGUGAGGGCUGGCAGGUUUGCUGUAACGCAACAUGUGGAAGCAGAUGUGUCCCCAAGUACCUCGCCAGAAACGAUGAUACCUGUCCCUCUUCUCACCGUCUCACCCCCAUGUGUGACCUGAAACUUGGUGACCAGUGCAGCGGAGAUGGAGACUGUGAUGCUUGGCAGACCUGCUGUGAAACCAAAUGUGGACACAUCUGCAUCGUGAAAUUCAUGGAUGAUGGUGAAGAUGGCGAGUGUCCUGACUCCGACCGAGCGAGGAGGAUCUGUGCCCACAACUCGAGCAAAACUUGUCGGGGGGAUGAGGACUGCAGUUCAUGGAAGCAGUGCUGUGAUCUGGGCUGUGGGAAGAAAUGUGUCUACUCCAACUGGCACAAAAGGAGUGAGGAGUGUCCACCCAGCAGUUCCCUGAGCAAGGUGUGCAGCCUGACGCUGGGAGACGAAUGUGCGGAGGAUGGGGACUGCGAUCAUUGGCAGAUGUGCUGUGAUGCCGGGUGUGGGAAGAGGUGUGUCUUCAACUUCUUCAAAGGAGUGAACGGAAGCUGUCCUGCUCCCAGCCGCCUUGGCCCCAUGUGUGAUGUCAACUACGGAAAGGAAUGUGAGGAUAGCGAUGACUGUGACCUGUGGUUAACCUGCUGUGAUGCUGGCUGCGGCAGGAGAUGCGUCCACCGCACUUUCAGACACG